AUGUCAAGCUCCUCGCCGCUCCAGGUUCCCGGAUCGCCGCACUCGUCGAAGCGCUCGCUCUCUCGCGACAAACUCGCUGAGAAAUUCGAGAGCCUCGGGUGGCAGGAGCGCAAGCGCAUUGCCGAAGGCGCCCUGCAGACCAACUCACCUUCCCAAUGGGCCCGCAUGACGGGCGGCCUCGUGGCCCAGCGCAACCGCUACAUGAACGUGGACCCGUUUGCCGCCAAUCGCGUACAAUUGAAGGUGCCUGAAGGCCACGACGACUAUAUCAAUGCGUCCCCGAUCAUCAUACGGUCUUCGAAAACAGGUGCAGCCAAGAAUUAUAUCGCGACUCAGGGCCCCAAAGACAAUACUCACCACCAUCUGUGGCGCAUGAUCUGGCACGAGUGUGCGUCUCCAGCUGUUAUUGUUAUGCUAACGCAGCCAUACGAGGCCGGCCGAGAGAAGUGCUAUCAGUACUACCCUGAUAAUAUGGAGUCGCCACCAAUAAUUGUGAAUGAACACGACGAAUUUGGAGAUGAGGUCGUCUUCGAAGUUAGCUUGGUUUCCGUACGGGAAGACGAGAAGUCACGAUCGACCCUCCGCGAGCUCGAGAUCAAGGACCGCGCGUCUGGAAAAACGAAAAAGGUCUGGCACAUCCUGUGGCCAGUUUGGCCGGAUUUUGGCGUGCCAGAAGGCCCGCACAAGCAUCUCCUGGUGAACUUGAUACCGCUUUCUGAGGAAAAGAACGCGGGUGAGGAGAACCCCCGGAUUGUUCACUGUAGUGCCGGUGUCGGUCGUAGCGGGACCUUCAUAGCCCUGGAUCACCUUCUGGCGGAGCUUGAGGCAGGAGCUCUCGACGACGUGCCUGAUGGCAAGGAUCCGGUUGAGGAGACGGUCGAAAUCCUUCGCAGCCAGCGGAUGAUGAUGGUGCAGCAGGAUUCUCAGUUCGCCCUCAUCUACGAAACGCUGCGCGAGAAAUGGGUUGACCGAUGGCGGGAGCGUCAAGGCCUACCGCCAAUCAAACGUAUUGUAGACAGCGGAAGAGGGUCUAGCGAGGAGGGAGGCACUGAUGCCAAGCGAAGUGGAGAUGCGGCAGAGGUUGACGAGCGCGACACCAAGGUCGCGCGUUUCACGUCAGAACUCGAGGCUGAGCUGCGACAGAAUGUCGAGCGGGAGAGGCUUGCGCGUCUUACGGAACUCGAGGCUGAACUAAGGCACAAUGCUGCCGGCUAG